GCCCUGGGUUUAAUCCCUUCCUCUCAAAAAAAAAAAAAAAGUGCAGAGCGAUUUCCUUGCAUAAGAAAGUGCUUAUUUGUCCCCGGAAUUGGGUACCCUUUAAAUAGAAUGGAACCUUGCUGACUCGGGAUUCAACUGCAGCUUGUGCGGUCCAGUUCUUGUUUAAUAUUUUGCCAAGUGGAGAGCAUGUCUGCUUUCUAACACAGAGCUUCCUUUCCGGGCAGAAGGAGAGAGACAAGUAUUCUGGCCAAAAGGAUUUUUAAUCCCCCCCCCCCCCGCCACCCCAGGCCACUGGAGUAAAAGGACAGAGGCAAUAGUCCUACUGCCAUGCUUGGUUCCUGCGCCUCAGGCAGGGUGGCCAUCUUCCAUCUGAGUCGGGUGUCUGCCACUCUGUCCCCUGCUGGGUCUCCAUCCUCAGCACUGGACAGGGGGCUUCUGGGAGCCAGUGUGUCUGUUGCUGUCGGGCUGCUGUCGCUUUUUCUCUCUUCCAGAUGAUUGGUGAUCAAUCUAUCCAGCUGCCGGUAUGAGAGCGUGCGCAGGGCCGCCCAGCAGUACGGCCUUCGAGAGGGCGGUGAAAAUGACGAUUGGACUCUGUACUGGACGGACUACUCCGUGUCUCUGGAGCGGGUGAUGGAAAUGAAGAGUUACCAGAAAAUCAAUCACUUCCCUGGGAUGAGCGAAAUCUGCCGCAAGGACCUGCUGGCCAGGAACAUGAGCCGCAUGCUGAAGAUGUUCCCAAAAGACUUCCACUUCUUCCCGAGGACCUGGUGUCUUCCUGCCGACUGGGGAGGCCUGCAGACCUACAGCAGGUCUCGAAAAAACAAGACGUACAUUUGCAAGCCGGACUCGGGCUGCCAAGGGCGAGGGAUAUUCAUCACCCGGACUGUGAGGGAAAUCAAGCCCGGGGAGGAUAUGAUCUGCCAGCUCUAUAUUUCAAAGCCCUUUAUCAUUGAUGGGUUCAAGUUUGACCUACGGAUUUAUGUGCUGGUGACAUCCUGUGACCCUCUCAGGAUUUUUGUGUACAAUGAAGGACUAGCCCGCUUUGCCACCACCUCCUACUCCCAACCCUGUGCAGACAACCUGGAUGAUAUCUGCAUGCACCUGACUAAUUAUUCCAUUAAUAAGCACAGUUCAAACUUUAUUCAAGAUGCUCACUCGGGCAGCAAGAGGAAGCUCUCAGCCUUCAACGUCUACAUGGAGAGCCACGGCUAUGACGUGCCAAAGAUCUGGAGGGGCAUCGACGACCUCAUCACCAAGACGCUCAUCACCGCCCACCCGGUCAUCAAGCACAACUACCAGACCUGCUUCCCCAGCCACACGCUCAACAGUGCCUGCUUCGAGAUCCUGGGCUUCGACGUCCUGCUGGACUCCAAGCUCAAGCCCUGGCUGCUGGAGGUCAACCACUCUCCGAGCUUCUCCACUGACACCCGGUUGGAUGAGGAGGUGAAGGACAGGCUGCUGUAUGACGCCCUGGUUCUCAUCAACUUGGGGAGCUGUGACAAAAGGAAAGUCCUGGAGGAGGAGAGACAGCGGGGCAGGUUCCUGCAGCAGUGCCCUUCUCGGGAGGUCAGGAUGGAGGAAGCCAGAGGUUUCCAGGCUGCGCGGAUACAGAAAACCGAGAAAUACGAGAAGGAAAACUGUGGCGGGUUCCGGCUGAUUUAUCCCACCCGGAAUCUGGAGAAGUAUGAGAAGUUUUUCCAGGAUAACAGCUCGCUCUUCCAGAAUACGGCUGCCUCCAGAGCUCGGGAGGUGUGCGCCCGGCAGCUGAUCCAGGAGCUGAAACAGCAGCAGCAGAAAAAGUCCUUCCAGAGGAGGGAGAAGAAGGCAGAGCUUCAGGGGGAGGCGGCAGACAAGCACACUAGGCCAGAGGGAUCCAGGCCCUGGCCACAGAAGCAGCUGCAGAAAUGCAAGAUAGCGGCCCACAGCCCCAGACAAUACUUCCGGCCGCUGGCAUUGGUGUCCUGUGCACGUAGCUUGCUCUUGGGUGUCAGAGACAGAAAGAGACGUGAAAGGGACAGUGGCUUCGGCCCAGAGGGCCCCAAGGAGGAAGAGGAGGCUGGGCCGGGGCCCCGAGAGCCCACAACCGCCAGGCCCUGCAGCUCCAAGCUGGACCUGAGGAGGCCUGGCCGCAGUGGCUUUGGGCUGCAGCGCUGUGAUCCUGAUGCCAGCGUCGAGGAGGUCACAGUGGCCCCUGCCACUAACGCGGUCACCAGCUCUGUGCCCAUGACCUCAGUAGAAAUUUCCCCAGAAUCCGCAGCUUGGGUCCCGGCCUCUCCAGAGUCCCUGUUCAGCCCACCUCUGACCACUAGCUCUGAACACGGCAGCUUGGCGCUGGUCAGGGUCGGCUCCUUUCAGUGCAAGCAGCAGCAGCAGACCUCCCAGCAACUCACCCCAGAGAAGACAGCACGUCCUUCUGUACCUCUCACGUCCCAGAUCAUUGUGCGGAAUUUGACUCCAAGCUGGACCUGGCCGAAGAACAACAUGAAGGAGCAGCACUUGGUGUCAGAGCUGCUGACCAACAUUCGGCUGAAGAGGAGGCUGGCCCUGUUCCCUGCUCACUGCAGCCCUCAGCUGCUGCUGAGCACCCAGCCACAUGGGUGCCCGUACAGGCCAGGGUGUGCCAGGAGCCAAGAAAACCCUGGCCUGCCCAAGGAGCGCUGUCCUGGCAGCCACAGCUCUGGUGAGAAGAGCCAGCUGGAUGUGUCCCCACUCCUCCUCUUGCAGAGUCCCCAGAGCCAUGACGUGUCCCUCAAGGACCUCCUGGUGGUUGCCACCCCAGCCCGCCUGGACCGGAGGCCGGACAGAAGCCACGCAAGGGCUGUGAGGGAACUGUGUGGGCUGGAUCAGGACACCGACAGCCACUGCCUGGUCUCGGGCCACAAAGGAUGCGACGGGAACUAGAAUCAAAUUGGAUUUCUGCCAUAUUUUUUUUCCUUUCCUACCUCUGACUCCGAGGAAGUGAUUUAUCUUUUCCCACAGUGUCUGCAAUGUCUAUAGAAUCAACUGAAAGUUUCAUUUGCUCGCCUACAACCCCCGGUCUGAUCGCUACCUCUCAUUAGCAUCACUGAAGCCAACAGCCUCCCACUUUGAGGACGGUGCUGGAGGACCAAGCCUUUUCCAGGUGAUCAGUGCCACCCCAGGAUGCCCACCAGCUGCUUGAUCCCAGAUGACCCCCCAGGUACAGCAACCCGGGGGCACAGCCCAGAGCCCUCAGCCCACUGGCAGCCUGUGCCCACUGGUCUUCAUCUCUAAGGAUUAGCGACAGGGACAGGGCUGAGCACAAAGGAUAACUCUGGGGACAGCUGUGAGCUCAUCAGUUCCAGAUCAGACCUCUUUCUGCCCAAAGACCUGUGUCCUCAGCACCCAAACAUCUUCCUCCUGCCUCGCCCUCUGGCCCACCUCAGUGUCCUUGGAAAAAGCAGAGGGGUCACAGAAGGACCCAACCUGCAGAUGUGUCUUCCAGUGACCCGCAGAAACGAUACUCCUUCCUCUCAUGUGUACGUUAAUAAAAUAAACUGCCGUGCUCAACGCCA